ACGGCGACAAGGAUCCAUGGCGCUAUCCAGGCUUCGGCAUCCCGUGAUCUCCCGCGCCCCCUCCCUCCUCAGGGCUCGAUUCCUAUCCUCCGCCGCCACGCGGUCGCCGCUGUACCGGAUUUGUAGGUGCGUAAGAAGUUGUCGAAGAAGGAUUAAUUGAAAUUGAAAGUAUGCGGGGAACUACUCUGUCAAUGGAGGGAUUAGCAAUGCAACUUACUUUGAAAAAAACUCUUUCAAGAGUCUAAACUCUGGUACAGACUUGGUUGAUUCAUCAUUAAGGCCAUAUUCAUUGGUUGAUGGCAUGCAAGACAACUAUUCUAAGAUCAAGUUGAGAAUUGGUGUGCGCUGCUAUUCUUCUGCAGAGAUUCCUGAGCAUACAGUACUUCAAAUGCCUGCUUUGUCACCUACAAUGACUCAAGGUAACAUUGCAAAGUGGAGGAAGAAUGAGGGUGAUAAGAUUGAAGUGGGGGAUAUCCUAUGUGAAAUAGAGACCGAUAAAGCUACCUUGGAGUUUGAAUGCCUUGAUGAAGGGUUUCUAGCUAAGAUAUUGGUCCCUGAAGGUUCAAAGGAUGUGCCUGUGGGGCAGCCUAUAGCAAUUACAGUUGAGGAUGCAGAUGAUGUAGCAAAUGUUCCUACAACUGUUUGUGGAUCUGAAGCCAAAGAUAGAUCAUCCACUGAACAACCUGUGUCGCAUGGAGACAGCAAAGGAGAAGCAAGCACUGCCAACAUUAGCACAUCCGAGCUUCCUCCUCACAUUGUUCUUGAAAUGCCUGCGCUCUCACCGACUAUGAACCAGGGUAAUAUAGCUACAUGGAGAAAAAAAGAAGGGGACAAGAUUGAGGUCGGUGAUAUUCUUUGUGAAAUUGAAACAGACAAAGCAACCCUUGAAUAUGAAAGUCUUGAAGAAGGAUACUUAGCCAAAAUUUUAGCUCCGGAAGGAUCAAAAGAGGUGGCUGUGGGGCAGCCGAUUGCAAUAACAGUUGAGGAUCCUAAUGACCUUGAAACUGUAAAGGCAUCUGUUAAAAGUGGUGCGAGUGUCAAAGAUGAGAAGCCAGUUCAGAAAAAGGCUGCGAAAGAUGUUAAAUCUCAGGAAACUGGUUUCAAUCGAGUUAGCCCUGCUGCAAAGUUGUUACUAUCAGAACAUGGGUUAGAUCCAUCAUCAAUUGCGGCAUCAGGUCCUCGAGGUACUCUGCUGAAGGGGGAUGUUUUAGCAGCUAUAAAGUCUGGAAAAGGAUCUCCGAGAGUUGCUGAAUAUAAGCAAAAGGUUCCUAUAUCACCAUCAGCUCAUCCUCAAACUUCUUCUGCCACAAAAUCUUCUUCACAGCAAACAGAUCUUUAUGAAGAUUUUCCAAAUACUCAAAUUCGGAAGGUCAUUGCCGCACGGUUAUUGGAAUCAAAACAAUCUACGCCCCAUUUAUACUUAUCGACAGAUGUUAUAUUGGAUCCUCUUCUCUCAUUCAGGAAGGAACUUAAAGAGAGUUUUGAUGUCAAAGUCUCUGUAAAUGAUAUAGUGAUCAAAGUAGUAGCUGCUGCAUUAAGAAAUGUACCAAAAGCAAAUGCCUACUGGGAUGCUGGAAAAGGGGAAAUAGUCUUAUGCGAUUCAGUAGAUAUAUCCAUUGCAGUUGCUACGGAGAAGGGCUUGAUGACUCCAAUAGUUAAAAAUGCCGAUCAGAAGUCUAUAUCAUCAAUAUCCUCCGAGGUCAAAGAACUUGCUGAAAAAGCCCGGAACGGAAAGCUUAAGCCAAACGAGUUCCAAGGUGGAACUUUCAGCAUUUCAAACUUGGGGAUGUUUCCUGUGGAUCGAUUUUGUGCAAUUAUAAACCCACCUCAGGCUGGCAUUCUUGCUGUCGGUCGAGGCAAUCAAGUUGUGGUACCGGUUCUUGGAGAGGAUGGGAGCGAGAAGCCUGGCGUCGUAACAAAAAUGAACUUAACGCUGUCUGCUGAUCACCGUGUUUUUGAUGGAGAAGUUGGAGGUGAGUUCUUGGCAGCAUUACAAUCGAAUUUUGAAGAUAUUCGAAGGCUUAUUUUGUGAUGGCGCUUUCAUAAUCGUGCAUUCGCCACUGCAAAUGGGUAAAAUUAUUGAUUUCCUUUUUAGAGUCUCUUUAUGCAUAUUUUGUUUCAUUUCAUUUCAUUUCCGGAAUUUCGCCUCUAACUUAGACGUAAAAGCUUCAAUUGCUUGUGAGGUCUUUUUGUUCAACCACAUCAUUCAAUUCUUGGUGUAUAAUAACAAAACAAAAAAUGCGAGGAGGCGUAGUCAGUCGACCUAUCAAAUAAAUCUAACCUUGCCUGCU